AUGCGCGUCCUCAUCUCCGUGGUCGCGUCCCUUCUGCUCCUGGCAGGCGCGCACGCGACGGCGCUCACCACUAUUCUCAAGGCGGGCGACAAGGCGUGCUACUAUGCUGACGUUGACGGCGUUGGCGAAAAAGUCGGCUUCUACUUUGCCAUCCAGUCGGGCGGCAACUUUGAGAUCGACUGGGUUGUGAUGGACCCCGAGGAUAAGAUCAUCAUCGAGGGCGACAACGAACGGCAAGGCGAUUACAUCUUCACCGCGAAGUUGGUGGGCGAGUACUCCUUCUGCUUUGCCAAUGACGGUGGAAGCGCGGACAAGCUGAUCGACUUUGAUAUCAUGGUCGAGUCCGAACCGCGUCGCGUUCUUUCAGCUUCGCAGGCACCACUCAAGGAGCACACAUCGGCCCUCGAGGAGAGCACAUACAAGAUCAAUGGGUUGCUCUCCUCUAUCCAGCGUCUGCAAAAGUACUUCCACACACGCCACCACCGAAACUACUCGACCGUGCUGUCGACCCAGAGCCGCCUGUUCUGGUUCACCAUCCUUGAAUGUGUCGCUGUUGUGGGCAUGUCUCUUGCACAGAUCUGGGUCCUCAAGACCUUCUUCUCUCGCUCUGGAAGGUAG